UCAGUAUUCAUCAGAUGGUUGGGCAGCUCCUCUGAUCAUGCCAGAUUUCAACUGCAGCAUCCGCGUCUUCCGGAGCCCGAGCUCUAUGACGUUAGUAUUUAACUCCGGACUUCAACCUAUCUCCGAGAAAUAUCCUGAAUAUACCAGACAGAAUCCUAAUGUCUCUGUAACACAUUCUCAAAUAUAUUAAGCACUCUGUCUGAAUUGGUCUCUAGACACCUCAUUCAACCAAGCAAAUUUCCUUGACUUUUGAACUCAUUCCCAUCACCUUGCUAACCGCCAUGCCUGUCGAUUAUCAGAAUGAUCUUCUUGUCAUCACCUGCGCCAGCGGGCGUCAGGCAUCACAUGUUCUGCCUUUGGUUGCCGGAAGAUGGAAACGCCUUCGUCUAGUGGUCAACUCUGAAUCCUCCCAGUCACGGCUGAAGAAGGCUUAUCCCGAUGCUGAGGUUGUGCGAGCCGAUCUAGCUCUCUACACGGAGACGGACAAGAUCCUCAAUGGCGCUGCCGCUGUGUUUCACGUCGGGCCGCCAUUCCAUCCGCGAGAGACGGAAAUGGGCUAUAACAUGAUUGACAGCGCAACCAAGUAUUACAAGGAGGGCACUCUCAAGCAUUUCGUGUUUACAUCUGUUUUGAACACGCAGAUCCGCAAGAUGAUGAACCAUGACUGCAAGCGGUACAUUGAAGAGCGCCUGAUCGAGUCCGGCAUCGAUUAUACGUUCCUUCAGCCUACCCAUUUCAUGGAUCUGAUGCCACUGCCUCUGCUUCUUUCGCAAGAGUCUCCGAUUUACACGUGCCAUUGGAACCCAGAAACAACUUUUUCCUUUAUAGCUUUGCGGGACCUCGCGGAAGCCGUUGUUCGAGUUUUGGACGAACGGGAGAAGCAUUUUCUCGCACAAUAUCCAAUCGUCUCGACGGCACCAUUGUCGUACACCGAAGUCGGCAAGAUCUUGAGCAAAGUCAUUGGCAAAGAGGUCAAAAUCGCUCGAACGGCAUCUUUCGAAGAAUCGGUUGAGAGCUUCCUUAAGCUCCUUUUUGGCAAUGCCCCAGUUGAUUAUAUUACGCGUGAUACUACGGAGAGGAUGCUGCUCUACUACAACGAACACCGGUUGGCUGGCAAUCCUAAUGUCCUGGAAUGGCUCAUUGGCCGGAAGGCCACGUCCUAUGAAGAAUGGGCGAAACUAAAUGUGCAAGAAAUUCAAAAGCAAAAGCAGUAGAUUGACUGUAGAAGUGUCCUAUCUACGCCAAAUAAAGAAAAGAAUCGUGCAGGGAUAUGUGAUUAUUGGUUGAUAAUGAUUUGAUACGCGUUAAGUUGGAACUAGCUAGCUGCUAUAAUUGCGCAUGCAAGAACAGAUAUAAUGAAUACAAGAAGAUCUUUCCCAAAUGCUUUAAUCAGUUGGACAAUAC